AUGGUUGUCCUACGUGCGGAAUUUCUUGCGCUGCUUGCAGUAGCUGUCCGGUCCGUCUCUGCUCAGCAGGCCGUAUGGGCACAGUGUGGUGGUAUUGGCUGGACUGGAGGAACCACCUGUGCCUCGGGAUCGACCUGCGUGGUAUCCAACAGCUACUACUCCCAGUGCCUACCCGGCACGGCAUCAAGCGCCUCCACUUCCGUUGCAGUAGUAACAGCAACAUCCUCAGCCCCUGUGGCCACCUCAACCGGCAGUCUAGAUGCAAAGAUGAAGUCCGUUGGAAGGGAGUACUUUGGUACCUGCGCAGACAGAAACACCCUCAGUGACGCUGCAUACGAAGCCAUUGUCAUUGCAGAGUAUGGCCAAGUCACUCCGGAGAACAGUAUGAAGUGGGAUGCGACUGAGAAGAGUCGUGGUGUUUUCUCCAUGAGUGAUGCAGAUUACUUGGUUGAUUGGGCAACUUCGCACGGCAAGCUGAUCAGAGGUCACACUUUGGUCUGGCACAGCCAGCUGCCUUCAUGGGUCUCUGCAAUCACCGAUGCCGCUACGCUGACCACGGUCAUCCAAGACCACAUCAAGGGCGUUGCCGGGCGUUACGCUGGCAAGAUUCACCACUGGGAUGUCGUGAACGAAGUCUUCAACGACGACGGCACCUUCCGCACCUCCGUUUUCUACAACGUGCUCGGUGAAUCCUUCAUCGACAUUGCCUUCCGCGCCGCCAAAGCCGCCGACCCCACCGCAAAGCUUUACAUCAACGACUACAACCUCGACUACGCCGGCGGCAAGGUCAACGCCAUGGUCGCGCUCGUCACUCGCCUCAUCGCCGCCGGCGUCCCCAUCGACGGUAUCGGUUCCCAGGCUCACUUGAUCGUCAACAACGGCGCUAUCCCAUACAUGCACCAGCCGCUCGCAGCCCUCGCUGCCACAGGGCUUAAGGUCGCCCUCACGGAGCUCGACAUCAGAAUGACACUGCCGUCCGAUGCUACGAAGCUUGCUGAUCAGAGCAGCAACUAUCAGACAGCGGUGUAUGCGUGUAAAAGGACCGCGAACUGUGUCGGUGUCACGACGUGGGGUGUGUCUGAUAAGUACUCGUGGGUUCCGGACACAUUCAGUGGAUCUGGCGCGGCCUUGCUCUGGGACGAGAACUUUGCAAAGAAGCCGGCGUAUACUGGCGCUACUGCGGGUAUACUUGCUUGA